AUGACUCUAUUCUGGGACGAUGACGGUGAGACAAGUGAAUCAGAAAAGUUAUCCAUGUCUAUCUGCUUGAACUUCAUGUUUAAGACACAAGAAGCUGACAUGACACGAAGAGUGACUCUCACUGAUUUUUUAGUGCGUGAAUCAGAUAAAAAAGUUAAAAUGAUCUUCUUCACCAUGACCAAACGCCAUUACCAGAUUACCUACCUGUACAGUAAAAUUUCAUUUCUUCUUGUGCAAAAAUCAGCCACGAUCGAGUUCGGGAUACCAAAUCAAAAUCUGCACAGUUCUUCCUUACACAAUCACAUUUUACUAUUAAGAGCAUUUGAAGAACAUAUCCUGGCGAGACCCAAAUCAAGGGAAAGAAUUGGAAGGGUGGGGAUCAAAGCAUGCCAUACUCAAAACAGUGGUUAUGAAGAGAAAUAUGAGUGUGAGCCUAUAAGGAAACAUAGAAAAGAGUGUGGUUGCCGAGGUGGUAGUCGUGGAUAUGGUGACAGUGGGUACGGUGGUGGCUACAGCGGAGGUAGUCAUGGAUAUGGCAGCGGCGGUGGCUAUGGAGGAGGCGGUGGUUAUGGAGGCGGUGGAGGUUACGGCGACGGUGGUAGCAGAGGCGAUGGAGGUUAUGGCGACAGUGGUAGCAGAGGCGAUGGCUGCUUCAAGUGUGGUGAGUCUGGUCACUUUGCUAGGGACUGUGACCAGGGUGGAAACUGCGGCGGUGGUGGAGGUGGUAGAUAUUCUGGUGGUGGAGGUCGUGGCGGUUGCUACAGGUGUGGGGAAGAUGGUCAUUUUGCCCGUGAAUGUACCAGCGGUGGUCGUUGAUCAUGGAUCGAAACCCUCUGUUGCUUUUAUCUUUUAAGUUAUGUUUAUGUUGCUUAUCUCUAGUGUUUUCUUGGAUAUGGUUGAUUUUAUAUCUUUAUUUUCUGCUCUUUAGCGGUGUCAUUUUGAAGCUUUUAGUAAUGGGGAGUCAUAUUUUUGUUGGUGCUGCAAUAGAU